AUGCUGGACUCAUCUACCAUCCUAACUCUGGUUGUCGUCGUACUAGUGGUGCACUAUGUACUCGCUGACCGGUACCCGCGCCCGCAAAACUUGCCUCCAGGUCCUCGUCCGCUGCCCAUCCUGGGCAACGCGCAUCAGAUGCCGCUAGAGUAUGCUGAGGAAACUUUCGCAAAGUGGUCCUCGCAGUACGGCGACGUCGUCUUCGUGAAGGUCUUCCAUCGGCCGGUCCUCAUUCUCAAUUCCGCAAGAGCGGUCCGCGAGCUGAUGGAGAAGCGGAGCAUGAAGUACUCGGGCAGGCCGCCGUCCGUCUUGCUUUCCGAGCUAUCAGGAUGGGGAGACGUGUUGGGAGUGAUGCAGAUGGGCGAGCGGCUCCGCAAACAACGACGUUGGCUACACUCCGUCCUCUUCGCCGAGGGCGCGCUCGACAAGUUCCGGGCCGUCCAGAGGACAGAAGUGAACGUCCUCCUCGUUUCCCUGCUCCGCAAGCCAGAUGACUACGCGGCGCAUCUGCAUAGACUGACCGCGUCUUUGAUGAUGGAAUCCAUUUACGGGCAUACGGUCGCCUCGGAUGAAGACGAGUAUCUGCACUACGCUGAGGCUGCGUUGAAGGGGACGACGGAGGUUGCCUCGCCAGGUGCGGCCAUCGUUGACAUUCUUCCCUUCCUUCGCCAUAUACCCAGCUGGAUGCCCGGCGCGGGGUUCAAGCGCGAAGCCGCAGAAGUAAAGGUGUCCAUCGAGGAGGCUCAUGUGAGACCGUACGAAAUGGUCGAGAGAGCGAUGGCUGCAGGUGACGACAAACCAUCGCUCGUUCGGAACCUCAUAGAUGAGUGCGCGGGAAGAGGGAAUCUAGCUGAGGAACGCCGCGACAUCAUGAGCGCAGGUGCUGUGAGCUACAUUGCUGGUGUCGACACGACGAAGACCGUCCUCCUGAACUUCAUCCUUUGUGCGGUCUUGUUCCCCGAGGCCUAUUCCAAAGCCCAGGAAGAGAUGGGUCGUGUCGUGGGCACCGCGCGGCUGCCUGAUCUCAAUGAUCGAGACACGCUGCCCUACCUCGAGUCUUUCUUGCUGGAAGUCUACCGAUGGCAUUGUCCUGUUCCGCUGGGCGUCCCACACGCGGCAAGUGAAGAUGAUGAAUUCCGCGGAUGGUACAUCCCGAAGGGAUGUAUGGUCAUCCCCAAUCUUUGGCUCUUGACGCUGGAUGAAGAGCUGUAUCCCGAGCCGGAAUCGUUCCGUCCAGAACGCUUCCUUGGCCUCUCCGCCGAAGACGCGGAGCGGCUGGAUCCUCGAAACAUCGUUUUCGGCCAUGGACGGCGCAUCUGUCCAGGCCGUCGCUUCGCCGAUGUCAGCAUCUGGCUAGCUGUGGCGAACAUUGUUGCAGCAUUCGACGUCCGGAAGGCGCAGGAUGCGGAUGGAAAGGAUAUCACUCCCCCUCUGGCUUUUGUUCCUGGGUCAGUAAGCCAUCCUCGCCCCUUCAAGUGCUCUAUCGCCGCGCGAAACGUAGCUAUGGAACUGCUCGCAGAUCUGAAUCCGUGUGCAGUGUACGGAGCUAGGCCAUACCAAUUGCCUUUUUUCGACGAAGUGCUCACUUGA